GAUGGGCUUUGCUGGAGGAGUACCCCGGUAAUGUACCCCGCAGAGACAAACAGCCCCAGAUAAGGAGGAGUAUCUUCCCCCCGGCACCCUCGGGACGGCAACAGAAAGCAAUGACUGUGAAACUGCCCGCAAAAAGGAAGAAAAACAGAAAGACACUGCCGGAUUGUGAGAAAAGAAAACAACACCCUUUGAAUGUGCAGAACGGCAAAACCAGCGUCCCUGCCAACAAAACUGCGCUGCUCACACAGCAAAACCCCGACCCAGAAACUGAUGUGUGGAUGGACCCCAAAGCAGGGCUGCUGCCAUGUAAAGAGGAGACUCCAGGCUCCCCCCCGCAGCCCAAACUUCCACUGUCCUGUUCGCUGCAGGGCAGUUGGACUAGAUGGCCUUCAGAGGUCCCUUCCGACUCCAAGGAUUCUGUCAUUCCGUGAUUCUGUGCGAUGUUAAUAGCGGGCACAACCUGGCAGCACUGGGACACAACGCAGUAGGACUGGCUGGGCAGGGCUUCUUCCAGAUAGGCAAACCUCUAAUUCAUCAUAGACUCAUAGAGCCAAAGGGGUUGGAAAGGAUCUCAGCCCGCCCAGCUCCAAGCCCUGCCGUGGGCUGGCUGCCCCAUCCAGCCUGGCCUUGAGCAUCUCCAGGGAUGGGACAGAACUCUCCAUCCCUGGGCAGGCCUUUGGUCCUAGACUUCCCAUCUCUCUCCUGUUGCUGCUCCGCGUGCAGUGGGGAGCAGUCAAUAAAAACCACCGGGCGUUAAUUUGAGUUUGUGUGCUGCAUUGUGGAUCCAGCACCCUGCACAUCUCCCCCGUGCCCAUCUGCUGUGCCUGGUUUUUGGAAACCUGCGGCAUGGGACAGGCAGAGGUCCACGUAUCCGUGGCAGCGCCGGACAAAGGAUCUCUGUGCUGGUGCUGAAUGGUGCCUUGGGAAUUCCCAGGGUUGCUUAGGAACAAAUGCCGGAGGGGUCCGAGUGAGAGCUGACUGUGUCUCAAGAUGGGAGCGGGUUUGGAGGAGCACCAGGGCAUGAAUGGGGCUGGUGGGGAUUUCUGGGACAGGAUCAUCAAUCUAGUUGUUGGCAGCCUGACAGUCCUGCUGCUUGUAGUCACUCUGAUCAGUGCUUUUGUCUUCCCACAACUACCUCCAAAACCUGUGAAUAUAUUUUUUGCUAUCUGCAUCUUCUUGUGUUGCAUUUCUGCUGGCAUACUUAUCUACUGGUAUCGACAGGGAGACCUGGAACCUAAAUUCAGGAACCUAAUUUACUAUGUGUUAUUCUCUAUCGUCAUGUUAUGUAUAUGUGCCAACCUGUACUUCCAUGAAGUGGGUAAAUGACAGGCAUUGGGAAUACCCAGCGAUGACGCUGCUGUAUCAGACUGCUUUCAGAUCAGCUCUCGGCUCUACCUGAGACAAGUAAAUGAGUACAGUUAGCCUGAAAGAAGUGGAUUGUGCAAGGACAAAUCAGUACAUGAUUUUCAUGUAAAUGUAUAUGUAAUGUCCCUCUUGUUGGGGAGAAUUAUUGCCAUAAGAUGUGACAUCCUGCUUUUUUUUGAAGAGCUACUGUUGCACUUAAUGAACAUUCCAGUUGUACUGAUGUUUCUGAAUGGCACAAGCUUUUUCAUUUUUGGAAAAAAAAAUGCAUUUUUUAUUACUGUACAAAUAAACUGCAGCAUUGCAAGGAUCUGUAGCAGUAUAAAUAAAUGGCACCUUACAGUUA